GAAGUGGGCGGCUGCGGCCAGAGGGGGGGCCGAGCUGCGGCGGGAGCUAGCCGAGCUGGAGGGCUCCGGGGAGAGGAGUUCGGCCAGGGCCCGGGGCCCGGGCGAGCGGGCUGCUGGAGGGUCUACAGUGGCCGCCGCGGCAGCGCCGCCGGGAGAACACGGCGGAGAUGGGGCGCCAAGCCGGGUGGGGGCGGGAGCCGGGGCGGGGGCCGGAGCCUCGGCCAUGUUCGCAGGGUUGCAGGACCUGGGUGUAGCUAAUGGCGAGGACCUGAAGGAGACGCUGACCAACUGCACCGAGCCGCUCAAGGCCAUCGAGCAGUUCCAGACAGAGAAUGGCGUGCUGCUGCCCUCCCUGCAGUCGGCAUUGCCUUUCCUGGACCUGCACGGAACUCCUAGGCUGGAGUUCCACCAAUCGGUGUUUGACGAAUUGCGGGACAAGCUGCUGGAACGCGUGUCAGCCAUCGCCUCUGAGGGAAAGGCCGAAGAGAGGUACAAGAAACUGGAAGACCUCCUAGAGAAGAGCUUCUCUCUGGUGAAGAUGCCCUCUCUGCAGCCUGUGGUGAUGUGUGUCAUGAAACACUUGCCCAAGGUUCCUGAAAAGAAACUGAAGCUGGUGAUGGCUGACAAGGAGCUGUACAGAGCUUGUGCUGUGGAGGUGAAGCGGCAGAUCUGGCAGGACAACCAGGCGCUCUUUGGUGAUGAGGUGUCCCCGCUGCUGAAACAGUACAUCCUGGAGAAGGAGAGUGCACUCUUUAGCUCCGAGCUCUCUGUUCUGCACAACUUCUUCAGUCCUUCCCCCAAGACAAGGCGCCAGGGAGAGGUAGUGCAGAAGCUGACGCAGAUGGUGGGGAAGAACGUGAAAUUGUACGACAUGGUGCUGCAGUUCCUCCGUACCCUCUUCUUGCGCACACGCAAUGUGCACUACUGCACACUGCGUGCCGAGCUGCUCAUGUCCCUACACGACCUGGACAUAAGCGACAUCUGUUCUGUGGACCCGUGUCACAAGUUCACUUGGUGCCUGGAUGCCUGCAUCAGAGAGCGGUUUGUGGAUAGCAAGAGAGCCCGGGAGCUGCAGGGGUUUCUGGAUGGAGUAAAAAAGGGGCAAGAACAAGUCCUCGGGGAUCUGUCCAUGAUCCUGUGUGACCCCUUUGCCAUCAACACCUUGUCACUGAGCACAGUCAGGCACCUACAGGAGCUGGUUGGCCAGGAGACGCUGCCCAGGGACAGCCCUGACCUCCUCCUCCUGCUUCGGCUCUUGGCACUGGGCCAGGGGGCAUGGGACAUGAUUGACAGCCAGGUGUUCAAGGAGCCCAAGAUGGAAGUGGAGCUCAUCACCAGGUUCCUGCCUAUGCUCAUGUCUUUUGUGGUGGAUGAUCACACCUUUAAUGUGGACCAGAAGCUUCCGGCUGAGGAGAAGGCCCCCGUUGUGUAUCCAAACUCACUUCCAGAGAGUUUCACUAAAUUCCUGCAGGAGCAGCGCAUGGCAUGUGAGGUGGGGCUGUACUACGUGCUGCACAUCACCAAGCAGAGGAACAAGAACGCACUCCUGCGCCUGCUGCCAGGGCUCGUGGAGACCUUCGGUGACCUGGCUUUUGGGGACAUCUUCCUCCACCUGCUCACCGGGAAUCUGGCACUGCUGGCAGAUGAGUUUGCUCUGGAGGACUUCUGUAACAGUCUCUUCGAUGGCUUUCUCCUCACUGCCUCCCCGAGGAAGGAGAGCGUCCAGAGGCAUGCACUGAGGCUCCUUGUCCACCUGCACCACCGUGUAGCCCCAUCCAAGCUGGAAGCCCUGCAGAAAGCGCUAGAGCCUACAGGCCAGAGUGGAGAGGCUGUGAAGGAGCUGUACUCUCAGCUUGGUGAGAAGCUGGAGCAGCUGGACCAGCGGAAGGCCAGCCCUGCUCCGGCCACAGAGACACCCACCCUGGAGCUGCCCCUACCUGCUGUGCCCGCCCCAGCUGCACUCUGAAACUGUACCCGGGACCACCAAGCCCUGAUUGGCCAGAAGUGUCUCCCGGACCUGAGCACCUCUCCUGAAGGGAGACCUUGGGCCUGACCCAGGAGACAGAGGCUACAUCCUCACUCUGCCCCAAACUGGGUCCCAGAGCCACCACUGAGAUGAACUGGUGGUUCUGCUUGUGGGCCCCUGGUUGGUUUUUGCCCUGAGCCUGCCAUAGUCACCGUGGCCCUUACCCCCCAUCCACAGAUGGGUUCCUGCCCGGUGUGCUGCGUCUCCCACUGUAGCAGAUGCAGGACUCAGGAUCAGAGAGAGGUCACCUGUGUUCCAGAGGAGGUGGUGGGGCCCAGAGAAGGGACAGGGCUGGCUGUAGGCAGUGUAACACACUUCGGUGCUCCAGGGAUUGUUGUAUCCCUCAAAGACUUAGGGAGGUUGCUUGGUUGAACCAGGACCCCACAGGCAGCAUCCAACACUGGACCUGCUGCCGCCUUGGUACCUGGGACAUGGCUCCUUGUUCAACUGCACUCUUAAGGCAGUGUGGACCCUCUUUUGUACAUGUGAAUCUCACCAUGUAAAUAAAAGGUGUUUGGUUAA